GGAUAAGCGCUUAAUAGCGACAUCUUGGAAAUGUUAAAUGGCGAAUGCUUUGUCCAGUGCUAUGCCAUUUUAAAGGAAUAGUUGCCUCGUGUUGUGAAAUAUAUCAGAGCAUUUUGUUUCUGGAUAUGAUAUAUGAUAACUGAUCCAUAUAUAUUUGUAAACCAAGCCCAAUGACAGUUGUUUAAACUCUUCAAAAUCUGGCUCUGAUCGGGCUAAGAAACGUUCUCGCCCGGCAACUUGGUAAAAAAUACGCUUCGUCGCUCGUAGAAAAGGUACAGUUUCUUAUGUUGAACAUUUAAGAUGGCACAGCAAGCUGUGGAUUCGGUGAAAGCGUCAGCGCUUUUUAACAAAAUGAAUGGGGCUGAUGAACAAGGGGGCACCAAACCUAAAAGUAAGGGAGCCAGUAAUGGUGCAGAAAACAUGGAUGAGUUCUAUGUACCGGGUCAAGAAGCAGGUGAUGGAGGGGGAACCAAACCAACCAUGAAGCGUAUGUCCAUUGAGAGGAUUUAUCAGAAGAAAUCCCAGCUGGAGCACAUUCUGCUACGACCUGAUACGUACAUUGGAUCAGUGGAGUCUGUCACUCAGCCAAUGUGGGUGCUGAAUGAAGACCAUAGUCAGAUGAUUCUGAGAGACAUAACAUUUGUGCCUGGACUCUACAAAAUCUUUGAUGAAAUUCUUGUAAAUGCGGCCGACAAUAAACAGAGAGAUCCGAAAAUGAACUGUAUAAAAGUGGACAUUGAUGCUGAGAACAACAAGAUCCGUGUCUGGAACAAUGGCAAGGGUAUCCCUGUAGUAGAGCACAAGGAACAUCAGAUGUUUGUACCGACCAUGAUCUUCGGUCACUUGCUCACUUCAAGCAACUAUAACGACGACGAGAAGAAAGUUACUGGUGGUCGAAACGGUUAUGGUGCCAAGCUUUGCAACAUCUUCAGUAACAAGUUUAUAGUGGAGACAUCCAACAAUGACUUCAAGAAGUCUUUUAGACAGACCUGGACAGACAACAUGGGUAAAACCAAGCCCCCAACGCUGACCGAAGCAAAAGAGGAUGAUUUCACAGCCAUAACGUUCUAUCCAGAUCUCACCAAAUUCAAGAUGGCUGCUCUAGAUAAGGACCAUGUUGAUCUGUUCACAAGAAGAGCCUUUGACAUUGCAGCCUCUUCAAAAGACGUUAAAGUAAUACUGAAUGGGAAAAGAGUACCCGUCAAGAAUUUCAAAGAGUAUGUGAACCUGUUCAUCAAGGACAAGGUGGAUGAUAUGGGGGCACCUAUCAAGUUGGUACAUGAGGUCGUCAAUGACCGCUGGGAGGUCGCCGUUGCCAUGAGCGACAAGGGCUUCCAGCAGGCCAGCUUCGUUAAUAGCAUUGCCACCAGCAAGGGAGGUAGACACAUUGACCAUGUAGCCGAUCAGCUUGUGAAGAAGUUACUGGAAACUGUGAAUAAGAAAAACAAGGGGGGCGUGGCAAUCAAGCCUUUCCAGGUGAAGAACCAUCUCUGGCUGUUUGUGAACUGCUUGAUUGAGAAUCCCACAUUCGACUCCCAGACCAAAGAGAACAUGACGCUUCAAGCUAAGGCCUUUGGAUCCAAGUGUUCCCUCACUGACAAAUUCAUUGCACAGGUGAACAAGUGUGGCAUCAUCGAGAACAUUCAGUCGUGGAUGAAGUUCAAGGCCCAAGCUCAGCUGAGUAAGAAGUGCAGCGGGGCAAAGCAUUCCAAGCUCAAGGGCAUUCCCAAGCUGGACGACGCUAACGAUGCAGGGACACGGUACUCAAGGGAGUGCACUCUCAUCUUGACUGAGGGAGACUCGGCCAAGUCAUUGGCAGUUGCAGGUCUUGGAGUGGUGGGCAGAGACAAGUACGGUGUGUUUCCACUGAGAGGUAAAGUGCUCAACGUACGAGAGGCCACACACAAACAGAUCUUGGAGAAUGCAGAGAUCAACAAUGUGAUCAAGAUCUUGGGCCUUCAGUUCAACAACAAGUACGAGGAUGAAGACUCACUGAAGACUCUGCGCUACGGCAAGCUGAUGAUCAUGACUGACCAGGACCAGGACGGGUCCCACAUCAAGGGGCUGCUCAUCAACUUCAUGCAGCACUUCUGGCCCGGACUGCUCAAACACAACAUCAUCAAUCAGUUCAUUACACCCAUCGUGAAGGUGACAAAAGGCAAAGAGGAGUUGGCCUUCUAUAGCUUGCCGGAGUUCGAAGAGUGGAAAGCAGCCACAUCUAACUGGAACACAUGGAAAAUAAAGUACUACAAAGGUUUGGGAACCAGCACAUCUAAGGAGGCAAAGGAGUACUUCAGUGACAUGGCACGGCACCGCAUCGAGUUCAAGUACUCAGGGGUGGACGACGAUGCAGCCAUCAACCUGGCCUUCAACAAGAAGAAGGUGGAGGAGAGGAAAGAGUGGCUCACCAACUGGAUGGAGGAGAAGAAACGGCGCACCGAGAUGGGGCUGCCUCAGCAAUACCUGUACAACAAGAACACAAGGUCGGUCUCGUUCAACGAAUUCAUCAACCGAGAGCUGAUACUCUUCUCCAACAUGGAUCUGGAGCGUUCUAUCCCUUCACUGGUUGAUGGGCUCAAGCCUGGUCAGAGGAAGGUGCUGUUCACGUGUCUCAAGAGGAACCUGGUCAACAAGGAGGUGAAGGUCGCCCAACUGGCCGGCUCAGUGGCUGAACUCUCAGCCUACCAUCAUGGUGAGCAAUCCCUUAUGAGCACAAUAGUUAACCUGGCCCAGAACUUUGUGGGCAGCAACAACAUCAACCUGCUGCAACCCCUGGGUCAGUUCGGUACACGACUACACGGUGGCAAGGAUGCCUCCAGCCCCCGUUACAUCUUCACCAUGCUCAGCCCACUGACCCGGAUCCUGUUCCAAGUGCACGACGAGCCUUUGCUAGAGUUCCAGUACGAUGACAACCUGCGUAUAGAGCCCGAGUGGUACUGCCCCAUCCUGCCCAUGGUGCUGGUGAACGGGGCCGCAGGCAUAGGCACAGGCUGGAGCACCAACAUCCCCAACUACGACGCCCGGGAGAUCGUGGCUAACAUCAAGAGGCUCCUGGAGGGAGAGGAACCGCUUGCCAUGAACCCUUCGUACAAAAACUUCCGGGGCACUAUAGUCCCACUGGUUGACCAAAAGUACGUGGUGAAUGGUGAGAUCUCUGUGGUGGACGAGACCACAGUGGAGAUCACUGAGCUGCCCGUGAAGAAGUGGACCCAGGAUUACAAGGAGGACGUCAUAGAGCCCAUGCUGAACGGGUCGGACAAGACACCUGCACUCAUCACAGACUACAAGGAGUAUCACACUGACUCCACUGUGAAGUUUGUUAUCAAGAUGACCCCAGAGAACCUGGCCAAGUCUGAGGAGGCUGGACUGCACAAGGUGUUUAAGCUGCAGUCAUCAAUCGCCACGUCAUCCAUGGUGCUGUUUGACCACAAUAACUGCAUCAAGCGGUACGACUCUGUUGAUGUGAUACUGCGGGAGUUCUUUGACCUGAGACUGGUGAUGUACAAGAAACGCAAGGACUACCUCGAGGGAAUGCUGGCCGCAGAGUCUCUCAGGUUCGACAACAUCGCACGAUUUAUCAUGGAGAAGAUUGAAGGAACUGUUACCAUCGAAAACAAGAAGAAGAAGGACCUGAUAGAGAUGUUGGUGAGGCGAGGCUAUGACUCUGACCCUGUCAAGGCAUGGAAGGACGCACAGAACAAGGGAAAGGUUGAAUCUGAAGACCUGAACGAGAACACAGAAGUAGUUGAGGAGGCAGGUCCAGACUUCAACUACAUCCUGUCCAUGCCCCUGUGGAGCCUCACAAAGGAGCGCAAGGAUGACCUGCUGGCCAAGAGGGACGCCAAGGCCAAGGAGCUCUCCGACCUCCGCAGGAAGUCUCCCAGCGACCUAUGGAAGGACGACCUUGAGAACUUCCUUGUAGAGCUUGAUAAAGUGGAAUCCCAAGAGAGGGAGGAUGAGAAUGCACACAUCACAGGCAAGGGCAAGGCCGGGGCCGGCAAGGGGAAGCCCAAGACCAAGGCCCUUAAGGUGGAGGUGAUGCCCUCGCCAAUGGGACGCAGGGUGGAGCCCAAGUUUGACUCCAUCAAGAAGAAGGCAGAAGUUGUGAAGAAGGGAAAGGAUCGCAAAGAAGCAGCUAAGAGUGGCAAGAAUCUGGACUUUGUGAAAAUGGAGGAUGAAGACAGCAAUGAGCCGUUGUCCCUCGCUGACCGGCUCAAACAGAAGGGCAGUCCUGUGGAUAUCAUGAAAACUGCAGGGUCCGCAGGGGCUGAGAAGGACAAGAAACCAAAAGUUGCAAAAGAGCCCAAGGCAGCUAAAGAACCCAAAGCCCAGACUGCACAGGCUAAUCUGGGACGAGAUAUGCACACUUUGGCUGCAGCCCCAAGACAGAAGAAAGCCUCUGGCUCUCCGAAGAAGAAGGGCAAGAAGCGCAACCCCUGGUCCGACUCGGAAGAGGAGGCGGAGGUGUCUGAUAUCUCUGAUGAGGACAUGGAUGGGAGCUUCCUGGGCACGUACAUCCCCAGGGAGGCACCCCGAAGGGCUGCUGCCGCGAAGGUCAAGUACACUUUUGACAAAGACGACGACGAAGUUGAAAGUGAAGGUGAUGAUGAGUUUGUUGUCAACGAUGGCGCUGUGGCAGAUAACGGACCCAGAACUGUUGUCAGUGAUGAUGAUGAUGACGACGAGGAUUUCGGUGCCCCCAAGGCCAAGUCUACUGCCGUUAAAGAACCUGUGAAAAAGAAAGCGGCAGCCGUCGUCAGUGAUGAUGAUGAUGACGACGAGGAUUUCGGUGCUCCCAAGGCCAAGUCUACUGCCGUUAAAGAACCCGUGAAAAAGAAAGCGGCAGCUGUGAUUGAAUCAGACUCGGACUUUGGUGCCCAGGACAGUGACCACGAACGGUCUAAGGUGAGCACGGACGACGACUGGUUGAGAAUCACGGGCCAGACCGGCGGGAACAAGUCCUCACAGUCCGGAGCCUCAGAGGAAAAGUCCAACACAGAGCCCAGCAUGUUCACCAACAGCGAUGACGAGGGCCCCAGGCCAGCAGACAGUCCCGUGAGUGAUCUCUUUAAGCCAACAAACACGCUCAAACCUGCGGGAGCACAGAAAAAGACUGCGGCCGCUAAGAAGGCACCUGGUGAAAAGAAGCCACCUGGUGAAAAGAAGCCAAGAGCACCAGCAAAGAAAAAAGCAGAGAAAAAAGAUGACAAACAGCCUGGCAUAGCUGCAGCCAUGGCAAAAAGCACUGCAGCUCAAACGAAGAAAAAUCCUGUCAUUGUUAGCGAUUCAGAUGAUGAUGCCUCAAAUGCUGGGGUUAGUUCGGCAGCCCCUAGAGAGCCGAAAGAGAAGAAAGCGGCUGCUAAAAAGACCAAGAAGAAGAACCCCUGGUCAGAUGACAGUGAAGACGAAGCACCGAAGAAAGCAUCAAAGAAACGGCCUAUGGAUGAAUCAGACGUGUCAGAUCUUAGCGACGUGGAAGUUAAGCCAAAAAAGUCCAAACCUGCAAAGAAGAAGAAGGCAGCCAGUGAUGAUAAUUUCAGUGCCUCAGACAUGGAUGAUGAAGUGGUAGCUGCCCCGGCGCCAUCUCGCGGGGGUGGAAGGGCGCGGGCCCCAGUCAAAUACAACUUUGAUGACUCCGAUGAAGACUUUGAAUGAGGGCACAGAGUUUUGCAUGUGCGUAAAGUUUCGGGACAUUUUACGCCUAAGCUGAAGUUUCGAUAAGAAGAGAUUUUCUGUAAAGAAAUGCCAUAAAAAGCAAUCAAUCUUCUUCUUGUCAUUUGUGAAAACUGUUUUGGCGAAUCUCGUCUGACUUGUGACUCGUGAUUUUGUGAAGGGUUCAGUGGUAUGAUAGCAUGUUUGAGUGGGUCCUGCAGCCUUUGGAGCCAGCGCAGUUGUAUUGAAUCGAAGGGAUUCUCUUGCAGUGAAAAACGUCGCUCAGGUUUCUCUUAGCAAAAAUGUCAAGUUUUUUUCUUUAAAAUGAGCAGAAUUUAGUACAAUGCAUUUUUCUUUUUAUUAAUUACUGAUAAUUGAAAAUGUUCUAAAUGACAUGUUGAUAUAAAUAUUUACAUGGUUGUCUGAACAAAAUGCAUGGACUACUGUUAUGUCAAUGUGUCAUUGUGCGUUUUCGGUCAUGUUUUUGUGUAGAACGUUGUUCCUUUUUGAUAUUUUUGUUUAAAAAGAUGUUUUAACAAACAAUGUUAAUAUUCACAGCAAAAAGAAUAUUGCAGAGUUUCCAAUAAUAAUUUUUAAAAAGGCAAGGCAAAGAGCAAGUGGGCAAGUUAAAUGUAGAAAUACGAAUUAGUUAAUUUAGUUUUUUCUAUUUAUAUGAUGGGUGAAUGUGACAGUGUAACACUUUAAGCUCUGAUUGUAAAUAUUGAAGAAGACCCAGUCAUUUAACAUAACUUGGUCUUCACAGUCCUGUAUAUUGCAUGUGUGUAUAAGUGGAUUUUAUUACUAUGUACAUUAAUUCAUUACUUUUUACUUUUCAACAUUUUUUCUAAUUCACACGUUAUUCAGUUUUCGUUAUUUGUAAACAAAACAUUACAUGUCUUAAUGUAUUUUUAUUGUGUACAUACAGUGUAACAGCAUUUUAUGAAUCUUUUUGUCAUUUCAUUGUAUAUAUUACUGGCAAUUGAACAGUAAAAAUGCUACAUGUGAAUGUCAACAUCAUUGUAGAGAUCUGUAUCUUUGUCUGCAACUUAUCUUACACAUAUAACAAUAUUCUCGACAGCCAUUUCAUAAGUUUCUGGAUCUCCAAUACCAUUGUUUCCAACAGUUUUGUUUUCUCUAAGCUUUUACUCUACAGCACAUUUCCUAUGUACAUAUUCACCUCUCUUUUAUUCAAAGCUUGUCAACAUGUUCGGAAACUUCAUUUGUACAAGUGUCAUCUCAAUCUAGAUAAAUAAUUAUAUUUG